CAUAAAGCUGAUGUGGUCUCCCUGAGAGAAGAGCGCCUAUACAUACGCUCCAAGCCGGUUUCACGUUUUUACUUUUUCUUCCUCCACAACGGAGCAGGUUCCCUGCAAAAUCCUCCUUCCCUCCUUUCCCCCACUAAACUUCUUCCACCCGUCCCGUUCAUCCGUCCCCAGUACCUGCCAAGAAGGAAACAGAACGUAAAGUUCCCAUAUCUGCACCACCAUCCUCUUGUUUCUUCACGUAACCUCCUCAAACUCGACACUCGGAUCCUUGUAGUCGUAUUUCCUCGCAGAGAUGGCUCAACUUCAGAUGCACCGUCCAACGAAAAUGGAGGAAUCGUCAGAAACGUCGUCCAUCGAGAAGACCACCACCAUGAGCAAACUCAACGCUCAGGCUCCAGAGUUCGUCCCCAGAUCACAAUCUCAGACAACCGUUCCUGGCAUCGUCUACCCUUGCUUUCAUGUUGUUGGCGGUGAUGGCUCGCAGAUCUGUUACUUUCCUGAGCAUGAUCUGUUGUCGGCACAGAAUCUAUGCUCUGGCUUGGCAUUUGUUCCUUCCUCCUGUUCAAGGGAUGUUCUCACUGAAGAUUUGAGACAGAAGAUUGUCAAACAGGUGGAAUACCAGUUCAGCACUGCAAACUUGGCUUGCACUGACUACCUAAUGAAGUUCAUAAAUAAAGAUCCUGAAGGAUAUGUUCCAAUAUCAGUUAUUUCUUCUUUCAAGAAAAUAAAACCCCUCAUCAACAAUAGCAAUGAUCUGCUUGCUGCGGCAAUUCGGACAUCUACAAAACUUGUUGUAAGUGCAGAUGGUAAGAAAGUCAAGCGCAAGCAUCCGCUUACUGAUGCAGAAAUAGAAGAUUUUCAGUCACGUACAGUUAUUGUAGAAAACUUGCCUGAGAAUUAUUCUCAUCAAAACCUGGAGAAAAUAUUUAAUGUUGUUGGAAGUGUGAAGAAUGUACGGAUUUGUCACCCACCAGAGGCUAAUUCUACCAAUUCUGUCGCUUCUAGAUCUGUUAAACCCGAUGUUCUGGUCAGCAACAAGUUGCAUGCACUUGUGGAGUACGAGAGCGUAACCCAGGCAGAGAAAGCAAUCGCAGAGCUAAACGAUGAGAACUGGAGAAAGGGCCUAAGAGUGCGACUGCUUCUCAGACGAUCGCCAAGAUCUUCCAAAUGCAAGAAACAAGAGUUUGGCUUACCGGACGCUAACCACGAAAGUGAGAAUAUGCAUCACACAAUAUGUGAACUGCUGGAAGGAUGUUGUCAACACCUUGAGCAUGCAGCUGAGAACACAGGUGAUGAAAAUGCUAAGAGAGGCUGUGGACGGGGUUGGGUGAAAUGCCAAGGACAUGGACAAUCUCAGAAGCCAACUGGUGCCAUGUCGGCGCAGCCAAACAGUUCAAGCCAUAUGAACCAAGCGAACAAGCCUCCAGGACCGAGAAUGCCGGACGGCACCCGCGGAUUUACUCUUGGCCGAGGCAAACCAGUGUCUCCAAGAAUUUUUUAGGAUUUCAACUUGUAGCUUAGUUAUCACGUUGAGCAGCAAACUGUCACUUUAUUUCAUAUAGGAUUUCUCUUUUCUGAACUUCUAUAUUCUAUGUAAUUCUGUACGAGGGACUAAAAUAAAUGCAUCAGUGCCAUUAGCGAGACGCUUUUCGCCUCUGGCUUUACCCACUCACUCUGUUGAGCAAAAGUACGAAGAAAAAGGAAAGGAUGUAUUGCAGACGGGAUUUUUGAGUGUCAGUCUUCACCAGAUCUACUUCCAUCUGUAUCUGUUCGGACGUCCCAUACUCGGUACCGGACAAGCCUUCUCUACAAUUCCGAGUUGCACACAAUCCGGGAGAAGGUGACAUGAUUUUUAUAACUUUUGUUAUGAUUGGCGAGGUGGGGUUAUGAA